GUGUGUGUGUGUGUGUGUGUGUGUGUGCCACUCUACAGCUGCUUGUAACACACACACACAUGAUCGGGGGCUGCCAGCCCGCCGCCUGCGUUGGAAGGGUCAAGCCCCCUGCAGAUCCUCCGAGGUGUCGCCUGCAGACAUGAGAAUCAUAGCAGGUGUCGGAGAUUCCGGAGGAAAAGAGGAAAGCGACUUAAUAGACAUUAGCCAAUCAGAGUUAGAUAUGUACGUAAACUACCAGCCCCUGAUGCUCCUUCCUGACUUUGACAGUUCUUCUGUGCAGGUCUCGCACCUGAGCUCCACCCCAUCUCAGUCCCUCAGCACCAUGGUGGGGCCCCCUCACCACCACCCCUAUCACCACCACCAUCAUCAUCAUCACCACCCCUCCGUCAUCAGUGCCUCUGUCAACCCCGGGCAGCCCCUCCCGUCUCCCAUGAGCACCCUGGGCUCGCCAUUCAACGGGCAGGGCAGCUCGCCGUACUCAGUCAUCACCUCGUCAUCUCUGGGCUCCCCAAGUGUCUCCAUUCCCCCUACUCCCACCAUGGGUUUCAGCACACUCUCCAGCCCACAGAUGAACUCUCUGAACAAUGUGAGCAGCAGUGAGGACAUCAAGCCUCCUCCAGGCCUAGCUGGACUGGGUCACAUGAAUAGCUACGGCUGCAUGAGCCCAGGGUCCAUGUCCAAGCACAUCUGUGCCAUCUGUGGGGACCGAUCCUCAGGGAAACACUACGGCGUGUACAGCUGUGAAGGCUGCAAGGGCUUCUUCAAGAGAACCAUCAGGAAGGACCUUAGCUACACGUGUCGAGACAGCAAGCAGUGCCUGAUCGACAAGCGCCAGCGCAACCGCUGCCAGUACUGCCGCUAUCAGAAGUGUCUGGCUAUGGGCAUGAAGAGAGAAGCGGUGCAGGAGGAGCGUCAGCGGGGCCGGGAGAAGAGUGAUAAUGAGGUGGAGUCUACCAGUAGUUUUAAUGAGGAUAUGCCUGUUGAGAAGAUACUGGACGCGGAGCUGGCUAUCGAACCCAAGACUGAAGCCUGUAUGGAGGCGAGCGCAGGCAACUCUAAGAACGACCCGGUCACCAACAUCUGCCAGGCAGCAGACAAGCAGCUGUUCACCCUGGUGGAGUGGGCCAAGAGGAUCCCCCACUUCUCUGAGCUGGCCCUGGACGACCAGGUCAUCUUAUUACGAGCAGGUUGGAAUGAGCUGCUCAUUGCCUCGUUCUCCCACCGCUCUGUGACAGUGAAGGAUGGUAUCCUAUUGGCCACGGGGCUCCACGUACACCGCAGCAGCGCCCACAGUGCCGGGGUGGGCUCCAUCUUUGACAGGGUGCUGACGGAGCUGGUGUCUAAGAUGAAAGACAUGCAGAUGGACAAGACUGAGCUGGGCUGCCUCCGAGCCAUUGUUCUCUUCAACCCAGCCAAGGGCCUGUCUAAUCCUACAGAGGUGGAAGCCCUGAGAGAGAAGGUGUACGCCUCACUGGAGUCCUACACUAAACACAGAUAUCCGGAGCAGCCUGGCAGAUUUGCCAAGCUGUUGCUGCGUCUGCCUGCACUACGCUCCAUCGGCCUCAAGUGUCUGGAGCACCUCUUCUUCUUCAAGCUGAUAGGAGAUACGCCCAUAGAUACUUUCCUCAUGGAAAUGCUCGAAGCGCCGCACCAGAUCACAUGACACAAGUCUUACCCAUUGUAAAUACCCCCUAAACCCAAUUCCCAGAUCCCGUACCCCGGAGUACAACUGCUAUGAAGUCAAACAUGAGAGUUCUUCACUUGCAUAUUUUGUACCGAGCACAAUUAAUAAUGUGAAAAUAAAAAGUUUCUAUUGGUAUUUUAAGAAAUGCAACACUGUCAAAGGUGAAUUUUAAAGAGGAUUUGUUUUUGUAAAAAGAAGAGUAUUAAUGAUCAGAUCUAGCAACAAAUGAAUGCAACAUGAAGUCUUAUUUUAUUCAAUGAUGAACGGUAUGAAAUACAAUGUCACCAGAAUAGAAUAUCUGUGCAAAUAAAAAGACAACUUUUAACAUAA